UUCAUCUGUGCAUUUGGGCGUUGGACUCUGCAUCUUAUUAGCAACAAGGGAGAUUUCUCCAUUUUCCACCCUGGCUACAGCAACAAACCUGGGAUUUUUAUUACUUCUCUCAACUUGACAGGCGUUUCUUUUGGUGAGAAAUACCUAUUUUGUGCUUUUUGUCAAGACUUUGAGAUUACUUGCAGAGUAAACUUUUCAGAGAAGAUCUUUCUACAUAUCUUGUAUAUAAGUAAGGCGCCAAAGUCUUUGUUCUCUUUUUGGAUCGGUUCCGUGUCUUUGUUGGAUAGAAAGCAUGGGAGCGCAAUUCUCCAAGACCGCUGCAAAAGGCGAAACCGCUGCUGAAAUACCGGGAGAAGCCGCUGCUGCCUCCCCUUCAAAGACAAAUGGACAGGAGAACGGCCAUGUGAAAGUAAAUGGUGACGCCUCUGCAGCAGAAGCUGGGAAGGAGGAAGAGGCUCAUGCAAAUGGAAGUGCCCCAGCUGAGGGCAGUCCCAAAGAGGAAGCAGGAAAAACUGAGGUGGCUGCUGCUGCCGACAAGGAAAGCACAGAGGGAGACAAGGAGAAUGCAGAGGCAGCCUCUCCCGCUGAAGGAGAGGGUUCUUCCAAGGCAGAGGAUGGGGCCACACCCUCGACCAGCAGCGAAACCCCCAAAAAGAAAAAGAAGCGCUUCUCCUUCAAGAAGUCCUUUAAACUCAGCGGCUUCUCCUUCAAGAAGAACAAGAAAGAGACCGGAGAGGGGGCUGAGAAUGAAGGGGCAACUGGCUCCACAGAGGAGGCAAAGGACGAGGCAGCUGUGGCACCAGAGGCCACCAGCGUAGAGGAAAGCAAGCCUGCCCAGGAGGAGGCUGCACCUGCUGCCCCUUCCACCAGCACAGAGGAGACAAAGGAGGAGGCUAGCUCUUCACAAGAGGCCAAAUCUGAAGAGAUCGUGUCAGCAAAGCCUGCAGUGGAGGAGACCCAGGCAGCGGCUGCCCCUGCAACUGAAGAGCCCAAACCUGCAGAGGAGAAGCCUGCACCAGCAGCAGAGGAGAAGCCAGCAGAGGCAGCUGCUACCCCUGAAGCAAAGUCCACUGAGCAGGAAGCACCGAAAGCAGAAGAGCCUGCCCCCACACCCACCACACAAGAAGCUCCUUCUGAGGCACCAGCUGCAGCUGCAGAGUAGGGCUUGAACCCCCACAGAAAAAGAGGGGGGAAAAAAAGAUAAUCCCAAACUUUUCUUCCCUGUUUGUUUGUUUUGGAGUGGUGCCAGGUACUGGUUUUGGAGAACUUUUCUACAACCAGGGAUAUUUUUAAAGGUGGUGUUUUUUUUUUGUUUUUUUUUGUUUUUUCCCCCACAAAUCCCAUGUCAUUUCGAUAUUGCCAUUCCAACUGGCAGAGAAGUCCACGGCUUAAAAAUAAAAUUUGCAACACUUUUUUUUUUUUUUUUUUUUUUGCAUCAGUAUUAAUGUGCUUUUUUUUCCCAAAAUGUAAACUUGUCAAUAUAUGGACAUGCCUGUGGUAUGAAGGAGAUGAUUGGUUGUUUAUGGGGUAUCAAACUUAAAAUGAAGUGAUUGGGAUCCACAAUUAAGUGGUACUGUGGCUGUGCCUAAAUGUGCCGCAGAUGUUAAUUUAGUCUUUAAGAAAUGAAGAAAGUCUGUGAGAAGUCUACCAUAAGGUUUACAACACUAAGUCAUUUUCUACUGCAAGGAGAAAAAAAUAAGUAAAAUCAGUUCCCAGAUGAAAUAGUUUUUAGCAAGUCCUAGGAUCUUUUCUCUCUCUCUCUCUCUCUCUCUCUCAUAUUAGCUGUACCGGUUGGUGAUUUAAGUAGAAAUACAAGUUGUAUAGGCUUUAUUGUUUAUUGCUGGCUUUAUGAUCUUUAAUAAAGUGUAAUUAUGUAUUACCAGCAGGGUGUUUUUAACUGUGAUUAUUGUAUAAAUGAAAUCUUGAUAUCAAGAAGCACAUGAAGUUUGCAGCUCUUUUUCCACCUUGCUUAUUUUUGUAAAAUAACAAACAAGUCAUCCUGGAAGACCUUUAAAAAACCAUUUUAAACUCAAAGCUGUGAUAAGUGGAAUGGUUCCUGUUUAUAUACUGUGGUAUGUUUUUGAUUACAGUAGACGAUGCUUUUUUUUUCUGACGAUUAAGGGAAAAUCUCUGAUGCAGUUUGUGCAGCAUCUUGUCUAUCAUUUCUUUUUCUUUGUAAAUACUGGAGAAGCUUUGACCAAUUUGACUUAGAAAUGGAAUGUAAGUUUGCUUACAAAAAAUUGCUAUUAAACUCCUCUGCUAAAGGUGUUCUGAAUUUCUGUGAGCACAUGAAAAGCGAAAAAUAAAUGUGAAUAAAAUUUGACAAUGACAA